GCAAAAAAUAAAUUAAAUAUUGUUAAAUAGAGUGAAAAAAAAAAAAAUUUGCUAAAACAGAAAUAAUAACAAAAAGGAUUUAUAAGGAUUACUGCUGUAUUCAUAUAUAAACACACAAAAAAUAAAAGGAUUGCUUUAUAGGCUUUGAAAGUAAAAACAAAAAUCCUUUCCCCCAUAAGCAAAGUCCUUUUCAUACGUUCUGAACUCAAUAAAAACCUAAACAAAUCUGUUUCAGAUUGAAAAAAAAAACAAAACAGAAGUAGACCGUGCAAAACAGUAAAAAUAAGAAAAAAACGAACACUUGGGAGUUCCUUUCCAAACGUCCAAGAAAUGUUGCCAAAAGUUUUUUAUAUUUGCUUCACCGUCAUUUUGAUGCUCUCAACUGUGCUGCAACUCGGCCAAUGUGGACCAGUGCCAAAAGUGAAUGAGCAACAACUUUUAAUGCCCAAAAUUCCACAAUGGCAUUGUCUGCGCUACUUCAAACAUGAUCUUCUAAUGAUGAGACGUUGUCGACAUGUACAUGUUCCAACAGCCCCUCGUAUGGGUGAUGUGAAAAUGGAUAUCAUACAUAAAUAAGACAGCAAUGAGAAUGUAUAUACAAGAACAAUGAGAACAGAAUAAUUCCUUCAAGAUCUAAAAGGAAAUUAAACUAAUGCAGAAGAAAAUCGGCUAAGUCGAGUUGCAAAUAUUUAAGGCUUAUAAUUAUUUUAUAAAAUAAAGAAAAUAUUUCUUAAUCAAUAUUUAAACAAAUUGGAUAACUGAUGGGACUUAAAUUUUUUUUAUAUAUUUUAUAUAUUGUUUUGAGUUAAGUUAAGCUAUAUUUCUUUAUACUCUAUAUACAAAAGAAUGCAUC